AUGCUUUUGGGAGACUUUCUAUACAUCGCGCCGUCCGACUACGUGGCGCCCCUACACUCCCAGGGAGGGGGAAAGGUCUGGCUGUUUGCCUUUGAAUACGAGGGCACCCGUAGUUCCGAACCCAUACAGAAAAACGCACAGCACAUCUCCAAACAAACUUAUGGUGUGUCCCAUAUGGACGACCUAUUCUACGCCUGGAUCACCGAAUACAUACGCGACAGCCCGGCCGCCGAGAGAUCCCUGUCCAACACAUACGCCAAACAAUUCUACGUAUGCACCCGAUCGGGACAAAUACCAUCCGGGUAUAUGAGUUUCUACUCGUGGCAACAGUACACCUCCCAUAACCCCUCAUACCUCCAGUACCAGUGGCGUACCGGACAGUAUACACCUGUGUUUAGAUAUGCAAAUACGCCUAACGAGGGCUACCGGACCAGUCAGGCAGACUUUUUCAACCAGUUCAUUAUGCCGUUGCAGGAUAAGACUAAAAUAUAUCCCAGUCCCUUCCCGUACUCCGAGUUUAAGGGAUACCGGGCCGCCACGUUGUCUCUCAUGGGUUUCGCUAUAUUAUUGCUCAUCCUAUUGAUCGCCAUUUUAGCCGUACUUUGUUUCCGACGGCAGAAGAAUAAUGAGUUAAAACUUUUGCGCAAAAAUGAUAAGGAAUUGGAGGAGAGGUUCAACACUACGUAA